UUAUGGUUUCAUGGUUAAAAUAUGAUGAACAUGUGGAAGUUUUACAACGUUUAAAUGUAGCUACGUUAAUGACGUAUUCUCGCUUCCUAUCCUCUCGACCCCCCAUUCUAUUUUACCCCUUGAUUACGCAGCCAAGAGCGACCUAAAAAACCUUUGGAGGUAGACAACGUCACGAAAACUCUUCGCUGGCAAAGGUCAUGGCCGAUAUAAGGAUCUACGUAUACCGUUGAACCCACUAGAAGUGUUCGGAACUUGUCGCUGUGGCACGGGCAACAUACCAUGUAAAACCGCCAACGCACAUUUUUUCGUUGAUUGGUGAUUUUGGUUUUUCUUAACAAAUUAAAAUAGCUCUAAGUUUAUUAUUGACGCACGGUUGGUCUGCAGCUACGCGGGCAGUUUCAUCGAGUUCUGGGUGUUCCAUCGCGACCCGGGAGAUGUCUUCUAUGUCACUUGUUUUGGUCUUCCUCUCCGGAGCUGUUUUGCUGUCGACGUCCACUGUGCUGGUAAACGCCGAGGCGCCAGAGGCAAUCCAGUUCAAAACCCACUUCUCUGGCCCCCAAAACGUGGUAACGGAUAGCAAUGAGUACACGCUUCACCCUAGAGGUCUCCUCAGUUUCUUCGGUUUCGGUGGCAGUAGCCUCUUCGGCGGUGGUGGUUGGAACAUGGGCGGAGUCACCCAUUCUGGCGAUACCCACAUCAAUAUCGGACACAUCUCUUUCCAAUAUGACGAGAAAGAUUUCGUGCUGCACAGUCUCAAUGCCAACGAGGGAGGGGGUCACCAUACGCAAUACCAAGAUCUACCACGGGAAGAAACUCAUCGCGGACCUGAAAGAGAAGACCGCCGAGGCCUUGUACCAGAAGACACCCGAUGGUGCAAGAUGGUUCGUGAACGUCAAAAUCCCGAACGGACAGCUCAUGACCUCAGCCGAGAUCAAACAGUUCAACAAAGAUUGGGCCAAAAUCACCGGACAGACCGAGGCAGAAGUAGAGAAACGGCAGACAGAAAAGCAAGCGAGUUUGAAACGGGAGUUGGAAAAGGGAACCAGUCAACGAUCUUCCUGGUGGUGGUGACUUUUGCCGAUGAUUAUCAGUUUUGCAAACGGCGAAGCAAGCCUAGUGUAACGAUUAUAUCGAACACCCUCGACAUUUUGUGGCUUUAAAAUAUUAUCGAAAGGGAUUUUAAAACAUCCACAAUUUCAUGAGGAAGUUUAUGUCAUAUCAAUAAAAUGCUUCUCUCAGCAA